AAGUGCGGAUAUAUUUCCAGGGGCUGAACUCUCCGACUCUUUUCAGUGGCAAAGGUCAAACACUUUGUGCAUGCAUUCGUUAUGCACAAUUUUUUGGGUCACGUCCAGUGAAUUUCACAUUUAUAGCGAAUAGAGUCCAUGUUUGCAUUUCUCGUCAAUGUUGACGUAUAUGGGGUGUUACAGUUCAAUUUGUCAAACUCUACUUCAUGUAUACGUCUCCUUUUCUCAAUUGUCUUGCAUUGGAAACAAAUCUGCAUCGCUUAAUGUAUGCGUUUGAAAUACUCCUUUUCACAACCGUUGGCAUGCUUUACAAGAAAUACAGGACAUCUGUUUCGCAAAGCGAUUGAUAUAGCUUCUCACAACUGUACUGUUGAUAGCUAGAAUGUCUUCUUCCUGGAAUAUCAGCCAGAAAGCUGCUCUGCUAGCAGGGGCUUCUAUCCCGCCAGGAUAUGCCUUGCUUCGAUGGAAGUACCCUAAGCUUUGGACUGAUAUCAAUUUCUACCUCAAAGCAAAAGCCUACUUCAAAACUAUGGAACAUAUGCAGAUUUCUAAACUCUUUAUUCUUGAUAUUUUCGAGGAGCAUGCCAGAGUAAAGCCUAACCAUCCCUGUAUUCUAUACGAGAAUGAAAGGUACACAUACGGAGAGGUGGCGGGGAAUGUGAACCGCACUGCUCGGUGGGUUAUCGGUUCGGAUCCCAGUUUGAAGAAAGGAGAUGUUGUUUGUGUUUUAUUACACAACGGGCCUGCAAUCGUUUGGACUUGGCUUGGUUUGCAGAAGAAGGGUAUCAUAGCAAGUAUGAUCAAUUACAACCUUAAAGGAUCAGCUCUGCUGCAUUGUAUUAAGGCCAGCCAGCCAAAACAUAUCAUCUUCGGUUCAGAGUUCAUAGACGCGAUCCUUGAAAUCCAAGCUUCACUGCGAGAUCUCAAGAUUGGUCUGUGGAUGAUAAAUGAUGCUCGCAUCCCUGGUCUUCUACCACCCGAUGAUGCGGUUACCAUGGAGAUAUCUACCAUGUCUGGAGAACACUUUCCUUCCGCUCCAACCACAGGUCUUGGUGAUACAGGGUCUUAUAUCUUCACGUCGGGAACAACAGGAAUGCCUAAGCCGGCUAUCAUCCCUCAUUCCAAGCCUUUGGGAGGGGCUCUCUUCUAUCACCAGAAUACGGGCCUAUCAGCAGACGAUGUCUACUAUAUACCUCUACCUAUCUACCAUUCAGCAGCACUCCUCAUGAGCGUCUCAGGGUCCCUAUACUUCGGAGCAACCAUGGCCAUAGCAAAGAAGUUUUCAGCGUCGCAUUUUUGGGAUGACGUCAGGAGAUUUCGGGCGACCAUCUUCCAGUAUAUCGGAGAGAUAUGCAGAUACCUACUGGCCCAACCUAAGAAAGAGAACGACGGUGACUACCCUCGUCCUCUGAGGGCAAUAGGUAACGGCCUGCGACUCGACAUCUGGGAGGAGUUCAAGACGAGGUUCAACAUCGAUCCCAUAUACGAGUUCUACGGCGCCACCGAAGGCAACUUCGCUUUCAUCAAUACGGACAAUCACCUGGGAAGCGUCGGCAGAUAUUCAUGGCUUUUUAAGAGGAACCUGGCCAACGUGGAGAUCGUGGAUUAUGACUACGAGACUGGAGAACCAAAGCGUGGUCGAGAUGGUCUAUGUAUCCAGAUACCUCGUGGCUCGACAGGUUUGAUGUUGCUUCAGAUCACGGAGCGAGCAGCUUUUGUUGGAUACCGUGGACCAGAAGAGAUGACACAGAAGAAGAUUGUAAGGGAUGUGAAGACGAAAGGAGAUGCAUAUUUCAAUACCGGUGAUCUCAUGAAGAUCGAUGUCGAUGAAUACGUUUACUUCAUUGACCGUCUCGGAGAUACAUUCAGAUGGAAAGGAGAGAAUGUUUCCACAAUGGAAGUUUCUCAUGCUCUUGGUUUAUUUCCAGCAAUACUCGAAGCUAAUGUGUAUGGAAUUCAUGUACCAGGUCAUGAUGGAAAGGCGGGGAUGGCAUCAAUUGUUUUACAUAAAGGAGCCAUCUUAGAUUUCUCAGCUCUCUACCAGCACGUCAUCUCUUCUCUCCCGGACUACGCUCGGCCAAAGUUUCUCCGACUUCUCGACGAGAUGGAUCUAACCGGUACCUUCAAGCACAAGAAGACUGAAUUGGUGAAGAGGGGUUUUGCUCCAGAUGGAUACGGAGAGGUUUACAUCGUUGAACCUUCAAGAAAGACCUAUGAACCAAUAAACCAUGAUCAUAUCAAGAUGCUAACAGCAGGUCAUUCUAAGUUGUAAAAUAUUUACAAUAUCGAUUCAUAUCAUGAACAUACGAAAACGUUAACAACAAGUCAUCUAAAUUUUUAAAAAAGUUUACAACCUCGAGUCAUAUCAUGAUUAUAUCAAGAUGUUAACAGCAGGUCAUUAUAAGUUGUGAAACACUCAUGCAAUAUUAUAUAUAUAUCGACUACUUUGAGAGGUCUCGCUCUUUUAUAGGAUCAAGGGGACCCAGUCGUGUCUCGGGUUCAUGGGAGGAUGCAAUGUGUCCGAGAGCCAACAGCCAGGCCUCGAAUAUUAAAGGAGUCGAUAUUUCUUUUAUAUACCGAAUUGACACAAAAAUCUACCAAUAAUUCUUACCUUAUCCUUUUCUUGUGUAAAGAUUGGUUAAAACAUCACGGAAAAUCUGAGACACUGUCUGAUAAUCUUUGCUGGAGACAUGACCGAAUGAUACAAUCAUUUGGGAAGCGCAGACAAAAAGCACUCUAUGGUAUCUGCACUCGCACAAAUUCAGUUUUAACACGUAAAUCAAUGGGAAUCGCAGCCAAAUUUUACUAGUUUCCUGGUACCCGGAAUCUUGCCGGAAUCUCACUCUUGAACUAUUAACCGGUACUGGCAUUGUUCGUUUCAUUACGGGAAUGGCUAAAAUCACGACUCCAAUUUUCGACCAAUCAGAUGGCUAGGUUUCUAAAGAGAGGUAUAUAAUAUACAAAUAAUACGCAGCAGUGAAGGCAUUAGUAAGUAUUACCCACACAAGGUACGUUUGGAACAGUGUAACCGAGGGUGUUUGGACU